AUGAAUACGAAUGGUCUAUAUGAAUCUUCUAAAUCUAAUAAUAAUAGUGUUAUAUUACUUAGCGGUGCAAAUUUUUCUGGUAAAAGUGUUUAUUUAAAACAAGUUGCUUUAAUCACUUAUAUGGCUCAUAUUGGAAGUUUCGUGCCGGCAGAAUCUGCUAUAAUUGGAUUAACGGAUAAAAUUUUUACUAGAAUACAAACUCGAGAAACAAUAUCAAAGAUUCAAAGCGCUUUUAUGAUUGAUCUUCAACAAGUUUCAUUUGCUCUUCGAAAUUCAACUUCAAAAUCAUUAUUAAUAAUCGACGAAUUUGGAAAAGGAACUGGUUCCACCGCUGGAUUAUUUUGUGGUGUAAUUGAACAUUUAUUGAAACGUGGUCAUAAUUGCCCAAAAGUUAUUGCUGCAACACAUUUCCAUGAAAUCUUUGAAAAUGAUCUUCUAUCAGCAUCUCUUCCAAUUACAUUAGCAACAAUGGAAAUUUUUAAAGAUGAUCGUGACGAAGAAUUAACUUUCUUGUAUCGUCUUGUUCAAGGUCGUAGCACUUCGUCUUGGGGUACAUUUUGUGCCGCUAUUUCAGGAGUUCCACUUCAUGUAGUUGAACGAGCAAAGUAUCUUUCGCAAUUAUUUUCACGUUACGAAUCAAUUCCACCACCUUUUGGUGAUCAUAUAGAACAACGUUCCUAUACCAAAUAUGAACAAGUUGCUAGAAAAUUCUUGCAGUUGGAUCUAAAACAUCCAGAAGUCGAUUUUAAUGAUUUUUUAGAUUGGAUCAGCAGAGAAUGUGUUUAA